UAAACGGCUAAGAUUAAAGGCACUGUUGAAGUAUACGCUCUCUAUGACAUGAUGUUAGGUGGCAAGAGUGCCAUUUCAUUGAUCCAGGUGUAGGCUAGAGGCGUGUCUCUUCAUCAUGUAUAUAUAUCUUUGAUAUUAUAUACGAUUAUCCUGAGAGUCAUCCACCAUUGUAGCUUCCACUCUUCUUCUCUUCAUGGUAUUGGAGCCUUGAGGGCUUCAGAUCCUAGGACGAUGGCACUGGCCGAGGAGGAGGCCAGUGAGGAUGACGAUGAGCCACCAGAUGAGCCACCAGACGAGCCACCAGACGUGGCUGAGAGGUGCCAAGUUUUGGCACUGUGCUGCACUGAGCGCUAAGAUAACGGCACUAGCGAGCUGAGCAAGGCACUAGGGCGUGAUCGAGCAGAGACCGACCCGCUGGCAGAGGUGCUGAGAGAGGGUUGGCGCGAGGCACUGGCCGAACAGAGGUGAGCGCUGGGCACCCUGUAGGGUAGAGGUGCGAAACACCAAGGGCUGCAGGCAGAGGUGCGAGGGAUUGGAGUGCUGGGGCGCUGGUGGACUGGACAGAGGUGCUGUCCAGAAGCAAGCAGGCAGAGGCGAUGCCGAGUGCUGGGCUGUGAGAGGGCAGAGGGAGAGAGCCGUUAGGACUCUGGCCGAGGAGGCUUGAUCGAUGCUGAGACGAUGAGGGCUGGCUUGAGGCACCGGAGCGUUGAGUGAGGUGCUGGUGUGAGAGAGCGACCCUGAGAGAGUGGUGCAAGGCACGAACAGAGAGGCGCUGGCAGAGGCGCUGAGAGAGGAGAGACUGCGAUCAGAGGCCGUGAACGAGGCGCUAGGGCGUGCGAGACCCCGCAGACACUGGCCAGAGGUGAGUGCCGGGCGUAGAGGCACGAGGCCCCGAGGGCUGGCCGAGCAGAGACUGCACUGGAGCGCUGAGUGAAGCGCUGGUGUGAGAAGGCGCUGGCAGAGGCGCUGAGAGGAGGCACCGAACAGAGACAGAUUUCUGUCGUGGACACGAUAGAGUGCUUGGAUGCAGAGGGAGAGUGAUCUCAGAUUCAUGUCAUCAAGAUCGAGAGGGAGUGUUGAGGUAUACGCUUUCUAUGACAUGAUUUUAGGUGGCAGGAGUGCCACUUCAUUGAUCCAGGUGUAGGCUAGAGGCGUGUCUCUUCAUCAUGUAUAUAUAUCUUUGAUAUUAUAUAUGAUUAUCCUGAGAGUCAUCCACCAUCGUAGCUUCCGCUUUUUUUCUCUUCAGGCACGAAGUAGGGUUCCUUCACAAGACAACAUGAAUCAAAUACUUUUAACGAUAGCACUACUACUGCUAACAUCUUGGUGUCCCGUGACACAGCACUGCAGAGUGUUCGAAGACGACUGCAAGUCAAAGGGUGUGAAUGAAAUCCACCCCAUCACGUAAGUUUUUUCGUUCCUCAUCUUUGUUUGACUUUUGAUUUGUAGCGAGACUGUGGACUUGGGCGAGAUGUUGGUGGAGGCCCUGCGCAAAUUGGGCGAGGAUUUGCUCGAGGACCUGCACAAAAAACUGAGUGAGGAGCUGCACAAACUGCGCCAAGAACUGGGUGAGGACGUGCGCAGUUUGCAGGAGGACCUGUGCAAGGAUAAGUGCGACCUCUGCAAGCAGUGUGCAAAUUGCUCGAGGACCACCUUAGAUAUACGAGGACAAUAAUAUUGUCUUAUCUAUGUUAGAUGAUUCACUGUUAAAAACCUAAACAUUAGUCCCUUCUUUUUAGGGUUCUUCCCAUUGGCGGGAAGAAAGGUUUAGGGCUUUACAAGGGCGAUGCGGCAACGCCAGGUACUGGGAUCCGCCACAGGGAUUCGCAUUCUUACAGGAUGUAUGGUCUCGAGCAAGCGAUCUAUGGGCGGAUUCAGCGGCGGCCAGGACGCGUUGACCUACGCCAAGCUCGCCGUGCGCGAGAAGGAAAUGCGGCUCAUCCAUCGUGUAGCCGGGGCCGUGGCUGCCAAGGAGCUCGUCUCAAAGGCGCGGUUCCAAAAGAUCGCCAAGAAGCUGGGAUUUCGCAACAGGGACUCCGAGUUCUUUCUGAGGAAAUUCCGGCUCAUGUUUGAGAUGUGUGACAAGGAGUCCCGUAAGAUCGUGGAGCUGACCGAGACGAUGAAGCACCUCAUGAAGAGGGAGGAGGAAGUUCUAAAGCAGCACGAGCCGUAUGCUGUCCAGGUCUUGAGGAAGCUCUUGAUGAUGGCCAAGGAAGGGAGGAUUCCAGUGAAGAAGCUUAGCAUUCUCAAGCCGUGCUUUGGCUUCUCCGAGGAUUUCGAGACCACCACCCUGGUCAGGUUCCCGGAUUUUUUCACGAUCACCAGGAACCAAAAGGACGACGCGAUGCUGGAGCUGGGGGCUUGGGAUCCAGCGCUAGCGGUCACGGCUCGAGAGCUCCGGGGGGUAAAACAUAUAGACCCGAGCCGCAAGGACAAGUUUUGCGAGGGAAAUCCUCACAGCUUUCGAGUAGCUUUCGAGAACAACUGCGAGAUGGAAAGGGACAGAUAUUUGAAGCUCUUGUCCUUCCAGAAGCGCCGGUUUGAUUCUCCAUACGAGCGUGGUGUUAAAGUUGACGAUCCGGAUGGCUCGCCAGAGGCGCGGAAGCGGUCUCUCGCGGUUUGUCACGAGUUUCUAAGCUUGACGUUGCUGAAGCGAGCGAAUGUGAGAGAUCUAGCGAUUCUCAAAGACGAGCUCCAGCUUCCAGAGGACUUGGCCAAGUUUUUGCGAAGGGAGUCGCUGUUCUUCGCCAUGGAACGGCUCAACAACUAUUACUUCGUGUUCUUGCGGGAAGCUUACCACUGGGACUACAAGAUUGAGAUGUCCCCGUACAUUGAUUUGCGUCGGAAGUACGUGGAACUGGCGCUUGUUUCAAGGAAGAAGAGACCACUUAAGCGGAGCUUGCUACCUCUAACAGAUCCGCGAAGAAGAAGCCGGAGCAGUCUUUGUACUCCAGAUUCCUUGCCUGAGGCUGAGCCGGAUCUUUCCAAGGCCGUUAACGAUGAACAACUGGAGGAAACAACUUAUGAAAGUGAUCAUCCAGCAGAAGUGAGCGACAGUGACGACUUUACUGAUGGAACCAGUGACGAUACAGAGGACGACGUAAUUUCUCGCGAACAGCAACCAGCAACAGCAUCAAGCAGACCUCGAUAAUGGAGGCAGAAUCGACUCUAGCUCUGACUGAUAAGCUGGAGAAGCCGGC